UUCCUCAGUCCUGCAGCAGAUCUCCUCCUCUUCCUCCUCCCCUCCUCUCCUCCUCCAUCCCUCCAUCCUCCUCCUCUCUCUCUCCACCAUGUUCCCCUCUUCCUCACCUCUCCUCCUCUUCCUCCUCCUCUCCCUCCUCUCCUCCCCCCUCCUCUCGGCCCCAGCUCUUCCCCCCCCUCCCCCCUUGGCGACGGGUCGGGUGGUGUUUCGGCCGUUCGACACCUCCCUCACUCACCUGACGGUCCACCGGAGGACGGGCGAGGUGUUCGUGGGCGCCGUCAACCGUGUGAUGAAGCUGUCGUCCAAUCUGACGGAGAUGAGGAGUCACAUGACCGGCCCGGUGGAGGACAACGCCAAGUGUUAUCCCCCCCCCAAGCGUCAGGGCCUGCGCUCACCGACUGGACUCCUCAGACAACGUGAAUAAACUCUUGCUGGUGGAUUACACCGGGAACAGGCUGGUGGCGUGCGGCUCCAUCUGGCAGGGCGUCUGUCAGUUCCUCCGACUCGAAGACCUCUUCAAACUCGGAGAGCCUCAUCACCGCAAAGAGCAUUACCUGUCCGGAGCCAGAGAGGCUGAUGGGAUGGCAGGUGUGGUUGUUGGGGAGGACGAUUGGACUGCAGAUCCGAUGAGAAAGAAGCCGAUGAAGGGUGGCAGCCGCCUCUUCAUCGGCGCCGCCAUCGAUGGAAAGUCGGAGUAUUUCCCCACGCUGUCCAGCAGGAAGCUGGUGGCGGACGAGGAGAGCGUCAACAUGUUCUCUCUGGUCUACCAGGACGAGUUUGUCUCCUCUCAGAUCAAGAUCCCGUCCGAUACGCUGUCCUUAUACCCGGCCUUCGACAUCUACUACGUGUACGGAUUCUCCAGUCGCACCUACGUCUACUUCCUGACGCUGCAGCUGGACACGCAGCUCACGCAGAUGGACGCCGGCGGGGAGAAGUUCUUCACCUCUAAGAUCGUGAGGAUGUGCUCCAACGACACCGAGUUCUACUCCUACGUGGAGUUUCCUCUGGGCUGCACGAAAGACGGCGUGGAGUACCGGCUGGUUCAGGCCGCGUACAAACAGAAGCCCGGGCGGAGGCUGGCGCAGGCGCUCGGUCUGACGGAGGACGACGAUGUGCUCUUCGUCGUCUUUUCACAGGGUCAGAAGAACCGCUCGAACCCCCCCAGAGAGACGGUCCUGUGUCUGUUCACGCUCCACGACAUCAACCUCGCCAUGAGGGAGAGGAUCCGCUCCUGUUACCGUGGCGAGGGACGACUCUCGUUACCCUGGUUGCUCAAUAAGGAGCUGCCCUGCAUCCACACGCCGAAGCAGAUCGGGGAUGAUUUCUGCGGCCUGGUGCUGAACCAGCCUCUCGGGGGUCUGCGGGUCAUCGAGGGCAGCCCGCUGUACGAGGACCGCACGGAGGGCAUGGGGGCCGUCGCCGCCUACAUCUACGGAGAACACACGGUGGUGUUCGUGGGGACACGCAGCGGGCAGCUCAAGAAGGUAGGAGGGAGCGAGGGGAUGUGUGAAGCUGCUGUGUGGGGUUUGAUCAUAGGAGUCAACAUGUCGAUGUAUCCUUGGGCGAGAUACUUAACCCUGAGUUGCUCCCGAUGGCCAACGGUGUGUGAAUGUGUAUGAAUGUUAGUUCCUAGGCUAAGGUACACUGAAUGGGUGUGAAAGGGUGAAUGACUUGUAGCAUGUAAAGCGCUUUGAGGGGUCGUAAAGCGCUAAGUACAGUCCAUUCACCAGUUAUACUUGGGACAUGUUUCCACCCCUUUUGGAAAUUGCCAUUCUUUGUCCCCACCACUUUGCAUUAGGAUAACUUGUUUUUAAAAUGUUCUGAGAAUAGAAAAGGUAGAUAGAAAUGUGUAUUUGCACAAGAGAGUGCAUUCCUGGUGACACGUUUCAUAUUAGUAAUAAUUGAAUAGAGAAUAGCUUUGCAGCAGCGUAGCAUAGUUACUUCUCUAGUUGUCAACAAAAUAUAGUUAAUGCAUAGUGGAUUUUUAAAU